CGUCAACAGACAACUGAAGGAAACAAAUCGGGCAGUGAAGUGACGCGGCGAACGAUUCCAUGUUAAUCUAUCUGCAAAAUCCGCCUCCAUCCUUUUAAUUUGGGACUAGAAUGACCUCCGAAAUACGGGGAACAUCAACUACGCGUCUCGCACAACCGAAUGAUAUCGAUAUCUUAUGUCUUCGUCUCUCAGAAAGAUAAAAAAAGCAUGUCGACAUCUUACAUUGUAACAAUAGGAACUGGGAUCCUGGGGGGUUCGUGCAUUGAGGGGGCUGUAAAGGAGUCCCAGAAGGCGGACUAACCGAGGUAAACAAAGGUUAAACGCUCAGCAUCAACGAUAAGUAGCGUUUAACUGCCGACAUCGCAUUAGUCCACAUUCGCUACCAGCAACAUGGAGCUGAGAGUGGGUAACCGGUACCGACUGGGCAGAAAAAUCGGAAGUGGGUCUUUCGGGGACAUCUAUUUAGGCACAGAUAUUUCAGUGGGGGAAGAGGUUGCGAUUAAAUUGGAAUGUGUGAAGACCAAACACCCCCAGCUGCACAUCGAGAGCAAGAUCUACAAGAUGAUGCAAGGAGGAGUGGGCAUUCCAACCAUAAAGUGGUGCGGGGCAGAAGGGGAUUACAAUGUGAUGGUGAUGGAGCUGCUGGGGCCCAGCCUGGAGGAUCUCUUCAACUUUUGCUCCCGCAAAUUCAGCCUCAAGACCGUCCUACUGCUUGCUGAUCAGAUGAUCAGUCGCAUUGAGUACAUUCACUCCAAGAACUUCAUCCACAGAGAUGUGAAGCCGGAUAAUUUCCUGAUGGGACUGGGCAAAAAGGGCAACCUGGUGUACAUCAUCGACUUUGGCCUGGCUAAAAAGUAUCGUGAUGCUCGCACACACCAGCACAUCCCCUACCGCGAGAACAAGAACCUGACUGGCACUGCCCGCUACGCCUCCAUCAACACACAUCUGGGGAUUGAGCAGUCUAGGCGUGAUGACCUCGAGUCUUUGGGAUAUGUUCUCAUGUAUUUUAAUCUGGGCUCGUUGCCCUGGCAAGGCCUCAAGGCCGCCACCAAGAGGCAGAAGUAUGAACGGAUCAGUGAGAAGAAAAUGUCCACCCCUAUUGAGGUGCUUUGCAAGGGAUACCCCUCGGAGUUUGCGACCUACUUGAAUUUCUGUCGUUCCCUGCGCUUCGAUGACAAGCCAGACUACUCGUACCUACGGCAGCUCUUCAGGAACCUGUUCCACAGGCAGGGCUUCUCAUAUGACUACGUCUUUGACUGGAACAUGCUCAAGUUUGGAGCCAACCGUGCCGCAGAGGAAGCGGAGAGAGAGCGCCGGGACCGGGAGGACAGGCUGAGGCACGGCAGGAAUCCAGUGGCCCGCGGAACACCCGCUGCAUCAGGACGACCACGAGGAGCCCAGGAAGCAGCCCCACCCACCCCUCUGACACCCACCUCACACACAGCAAACACGUCCCCCCGACAAGUUACUGGGAUGGAGCGUGAACGGAAGGUCAGCAUGCGACUGCACCGCGGCGCUCCCGUCAAUGUGUCCUCGUCAGACCUCACAGGACGGCAGGAUACGUCUCGUAUGUCCACUUCGCAGAAUAGCAUUCCCUACGAGCAUCAUGCCAAGUAGACGCUCGCCACGUCCUUGUGUGACGGCGGCAACACUGGAUGGUCUCCGCUGUACCGACUGCUGGCGUCCAUCUCCUAGCUCCUCGAUGAGCCCCCACAAUGCACCUUGGCUGCACAAGCCCUCCUUUCUCCCGCCGCCCCUUCCUGUUCCUGCGUUCUGGUCUGAGCGACAAACACUAAACCGCGUUGAAUGGACAGUGCGUGUCCAGGACUGACGUGGCCGGUCUUUUCUAGGAAACUGAGGACAACUGCUGUCGUCGAUGGCGCUCCAUUUCCACGAUCACGUCUGUGCAGUAUGACAGUUCACGCCAGAUCAAUAAAACUCUUGUGUAAGAUGCUAAACCAGCAGGUCUUCAUAAUCUAAAAUGAUCUACAUGUAUGAGUAGGUUUUGGGGUGUGAUGCUUUCCACUGAUAUUUUUAGGUUUCAGUUCAACCAUUGUUUCUGUCUUUAGUUAUCUUUAUUGACUAUAUAGCCAUGUGUCCUGAAUAAAAACAGUACUUGUUUGCAUGUUUUUGAGGUGUGUGUGAGGCUCGAGUGCUAGUUGAACCCAUGAGUGUACCAAAAACUGCUUUGGUGUCUUUGUAUCCAUUCAUUUGUUGGCAGGAUGUUGUGCGCCUGUUCUCCUGCCUCGAAGUCACUUUGUUUGCUUUGCCGUCAACGGCUCAGUAUUUGAGGCAAACUAAUAUUGCCACGUCACUGAAGACACAUGCUUUGUGAAUCGUUCCACUGCAGCAUCACUCUUUUGCUUUCUCUUCUAGUUAACACUAUUGGUAGGACUCUUCUCGCUGCGGCUCGUGUUCAUUUGAACUUUAACCCUUGACCUCUUGGUCAGCUGCUCAACACCUAGUGAAUUAUGGAAGUGGCAAGCUGUGCAAGUCACUUUCUCACAUUUGUAUUUGUGUACUUAAAGUGUAAAUAAAUUACUUGUACCUUA